GGAGGGUUUGGUGCGGGCAGCCCGCACUCCCUCGCGCGAUUGGCCCGCAGAAAUGCCCUUUUAAACACACACUUGCAGAGAGCGGUAUGCGGAAGUCCCGUUGCUGGCAGCGAUUGGGCUGUCGGUAGCAUCUCCUUUCCCGAUUGGCUACCAAGUGUGGUGUUGAGGUGGGUGUUGUUCGCCGUCAGCGCCGCCGCCGCCGAGGAGUCGCUUUCCCGAAGGCCGCCGUCGCCGCCUCCUGCUCCUGGUCGCCUCGAGGCUCGCCGGCCCUUCCCUUUUCGGGGCUGCCGCCACGGAUCGGAGGGAACGUCGCGAUGAGGGUGGCCGUGGACUUCGAGGAGUGCCUCAAGGACUCGCCCCGCUUCAGGGCUGCUUUGGAAGAAGUUGAAGGAGAUGUGACAGAACUAGAAUUGAAGCUAGACAAGUUAGUGAAGCUUUGCAUUGCUAUGAUUGACACGGGGAAGGCCUUCUGCGUGGCCAACAAGCAGUUCAUCAACGGCAUUCAGGACCUUGCUCAAUAUUCCAGUAAGGAUACGCUUGUGGAGGGCAGCCUGACAAAGUUCUCCAACAGCCUCCAAGAGAUGAUUAAUUAUCACACGAUCCUGUUUGACCAAACCCAGAGAUCAAUUAAAGCACAACUUCAGAUGUUUGUUAAAGAAGAUAUUAGAAAAUUUAAAGAUGCGAAAAAGCAGUUUGAGAAAGUCAGCGAAGAGAAAGAGAAUGCCCUUGCCAAGAAUGCGCAGGUUCCAAGGAACAAGCAGCACGAAGUGGAGGAGGCCACCAACCUUCUGACGGCAACCAGGAAGUGCUUUCGGCACAUUGCGCUGGACUAUGUGCUGCAGAUUAACGUUCUUCAAUCAAAGAGGAGAUCAGAGAUCCUAAAAUCGAUGUUGUCCUUCAUGUAUGCCCACUUGGCCUUUUUCCAUCAAGGCUACGACCUUUUUAGUGAACUUGGACCUUACAUGAAUGACCUUGGAGCUCAGCUUGACCGGCUGGCUGCAGAUGCUGCACGUGAGAAAAGAGAGAUGGAGCAAAAACAUUCCACUAUUCAGCAAAAGGACUUCUCCAGUGAUGACACUAAGCUGGAAUACAACAUUGAUGCAGCCAGUGGCAUUGUCAUGGAGGGCUACCUCUUCAAGCGAGCCAGCAAUGCCUUCAAGACCUGGAACAGGAAAAAGCCCGAUGGCCUCAGGCGCUGGUUUUCCAUACAGAACAAUCAACUAGUCUACCAGAAAAGAUUUAAGGAUAACCCCACUGUGGUUGUUGAAGACUUGCGGCUGUGCACAGUGAAGCACUGUGAGGACACAGAAAGGCGCUUCUGCUUCGAGGUGGUCUCUCCAACAAAGAGUUGCAUCCUUCAGGCAGAUUCGGAGAAGUUGCGGCAAGCCUGGAUUAAGGCGGUGCAGACCAGCAUUGCCACGGCCUACAGGGAGAAAGGGGAUGGUGUGGAGGUAGAGAGGAAACCCUCCCCUUCCAUGGGCAGCCCAGAGUCCAGCGCAGAGCCCAAGGAGAAGGUGCUGAAAGGCGAGAGCUCCCUCCGGAGGGUGCAGAGCAUCCCUGGCAAUGCCGCCUGCUGCGACUGCAGCCUGGCGGACCCACGGUGGGCCAGCAUCAACCUGGGCAUCACGCUGUGCAUAGAGUGCUCUGGCAUCCACAGGAGCCUGGGCGUCCAUUUCUCCAAAGUCAGGUCCUUGACACUCGACUCGUGGGAGCCAGAGCUUCUGAAGCUUAUGUGUGAACUGGGAAAUGACAUCAUAAACAGGGUGUAUGAAGCGGAAGCGGAGAGAAUGGGGGUCAAGAAGCCACAGCCUGGAAGCCAGAGGCAGGAGAAGGAGGAGUAUAUCCGGGCAAAAUACGUGGAAAGGAGAUUUGUGGAAAGAAGUCCUGAUGCCUCUGCAGACCCAGGAGGAAGAAUUCAGCCUCCGAGCCAAGAGGCAAAAAGGCACAGUUGCCCGGAGAAAUCUCCAGCUGCAAAUGAGCAAAUGGUGGCGGCAGCAGCAGCAGCAGCAGCAACUCCAAAGGAGGGUGAAAGGCAUGAAGCGGAAGCUGCUGCUGCUGCUGCUCCCAAAGACUCCAGGUGCUUCCUCCUCCCAGGGCUGCAGCUAUACUUGGCCUCCUACCAGAAGAACCUUCCUCAGAUGGCGGAGGCCUUGGCCCACGGGGCAGACGUCAACUGGGUCAACACAGCGGAGGACAGAUCCACACCUCUGAUCCAGGCAGUCCGUGGGGGCUCCUUGGUCACGUGUGAAUUCCUGCUCCAGAAUGGAGCCAACGUGAACCUCAGGGACGUGAAAGGCAGGGGCCCUCUUCACCACGCCACCGUCUUGGGGCACACCGGGCAAGUGUGUUUGUUCCUGAAACGAGGUGCUAAUCAGCACGCCAAAGACGAGGAAGGGAAAGAUCCUUUGAGUGUUGCCAUCGAGGCCGCCAAUGCAGAUAUCGUGACGCUGUUGCGUUUAGCCAGGAUGAACGAAGAGAUGCGUGAAUCAGAAGGACUCUACGGCCAGCCAGGAGAUGAAACCUACCAGGACAUAUUCCGCGAUUUCUCGCAAAUGGCAUCCAAUCAUCCAGAGAAGCUGAACCGCUUUCAGGCAUCGGAUAUGCAGAAGCCCUGAAACCUCAAAGGGGGGAGGGGGAGACGACGAGCAAGACGAAACACUCCCCCAGCCCCCACUGCCUCUUUGGAGCAGCCCUCGCCUACCCUCCCCAUUUUUAUACAUAAACCUGCUUUAAAUAUA